GAUUUGAAAGUAUUCUAGAAGGGCUGUUUGGACCUGAAUUAUUAAAAGAUCUGAGUUUGUUUAAAGACUUCGAGCCUGAAGGUGUCUCUGAUUGGUCUUUUGAUGAAAAUUGUCUUUUCUGCUGUUUGAGAAGAGAAAAAGUGAAGGAACAUUUAGUCAGUCUGGAUGAUCCAGUGCUUGAAGUUGGGCACCACGCUCUGCUUAGACGAGAGCAAACAAAGAUCAUUUGGUUUGAGAGGCAAGCGGAAGAAUUCCUCCAUGAAGUCUUUUAUCGAAAAGAUAGUCCCAGGGUCUCUGACCCCAACAUUCCCUUAGUGGCCCGUGAGAUCAUGCAGCGGAUGAUCCGACAAUUUGCUGCUGAAUAUACCUCAAAAACUAGCUCUACUCAGGACUCCAGUUCGCCCAAUAGCACAAAGAACCAAAGCCUGCUGAAAGCAUCUCCGGUUGCCUCAUCCACUGCGGGUGCAACAGCUCAGAAUCCCGUGCUCAGCAAACUUCUCAUGGCUGACCAGGACUCACCCUUGGACCUCACUGUCAGAAAGUCACAGUUGGAUCCUAGUGAACAAGACGGAGUGCUUGAUCUGUCCACUAAGAAAAGUCCUUGUGCAGGCAACGCCUCCUUGAGCCAUUCACCUGGCUGCUCUGCUACUCCUGGGAAUGGGCGACCUGGGAGACCCAGCCAGCACCAUGCAGAGGGACUUCGGAGUGGUGAUGGGGUGCCCCCAAGAAGCUGGCAGGAUGGAACGAGGGAAGGGUCUGGCCACUCCACAUCUCUCAAAGUUCCAUUGGCUCGAUCACUGCAGAUAAGCGAAGAACUGCUGAGCAGAAACCAGCAUGCUACCGCUGCCAGCCAUGGGCCAUCUGGGCUGCAGAAUCACGGACAGCACAUGAUACUAUCCAGGGAGGCUUCUUGGGCAAAACCACACUACGAAUUCAACUUCACCCGAAUGAAAUUCAGGGGAAAUGGUGCACUCCACAACAUCAGUGACCUUCCUUUUCUUACAGAAAACUCUGCUUUUCAAAAAAUGGCACUUCAAACUAAACAGGAUGGGAAAAAGGACAUGAGCCAUUCAACUCCUGUGGAUUUAAAGAUACCACAAGUUCGAGGCAUGGACCUUUCAUGGGAAUCCCGUUCUGGUGACCAGUAUAGCUAUAGCUCUUUGGUGAUGGGUUCACAAACGGAGAGCGCGCUUAGUAAAAAGUUAAGGGCUAUCCUUCCGAAACAAAAUAGGAGGAGCUUGCUGGAUCCUGGACCAGAUUCCUGGGGCUCAGAUGCUGAGCAAUCUACCUCUGGACAGCCAUAUUCCACCUCUGAUCAGGAGGGCGAUCCUGGCUCUAAGCAACCUCGGAAGAAAAGAGGCAGAUACAGACAAUACAACAGUGAGAUAUUGGAGGAAGCAAUUUCUGUGGUGAUGAAUGGGAAAAUGAGCGUUUCCAAAGCUCAGAGUAUUUAUGGGAUUCCCCAUAGCACCCUGGAGUAUAAAGUGAAAGAGAGGCUGGGCACUUUGAAAAACCCUCCAAAGAAAAAAAUGAAAUUAAUGCGUUCGGAGGGACAGGAUGUCUCUGUAAAGCUUGAGAUAGAUCCCCAGGGAGAGGCAGCACACAGUGCAAAUGAGUCAAAGGAUGAUUAUGAGGAGACAGCAGAGACAGUAGCAAUAGAUUCUCUUGGCCAGCCGAAAUCUCCAUUGGAAAAAAUUAUGGUCAGACUGUGCACAUACCACCAGAAACACUUCGUCCGUGUCCUGAAUGACAUCUGCACUGAAGUACAAACAGGCUAUGAGGGCCAGCAGUUAUCUGGACCUGAAAACAUGGAUGUGUCCACUUGUAGUUCAGGAUGCAGCCAGUAUCAUACUGAGAACCAGGAACUUGGAACUUCUUGCUCUGAGUCAAAAUUCCCUCUAUUGCUGGACGCAGACCAGUCAGGGCCUCGUGGUUCUUUGCGAAUACUAUGUCAUGCCCUGAAACAUGCUGUGGAACUUAAAUCUACAGACAGAAGAGAAAACUGCAGCCCUGUUGUCAGAAGAGAUUUCCCUGAGCUUCCAACUGUUAGAACAACUUCUGCAAGUCCCAGGGAUAGUCCCACCCAAGGGUACCUCACUGCCUCCAAUAUCCAUCACUCUGCUAAAAAUCUGGAAGGCCAGACCUCUGCUACUGAGCAAGAUAUGGGGGUUAGGAAAGGUGAUGAUGACAAAGAUCAGGUGCAGAGUAGAGCUUUACUGGGAGGCUACGUUGCUGUGAAAGCAUCAAAUGUAAACAUUAAUGAGGAGAGUUUGGAGAAUAGGAUGGGCUCUCUGAAGAACCCUUUCAAAGCUUUCCCAGAGGAAAGUCGAGAGCCAGCUUUCUCCACUAGCUCUCCACGGAGAGCAGACAAAGAGAAUGCCUUGCAGUGCAGCUCCAAAGCCUCUGUGCACCAGGAUACUGAAAUAAAUGACCAAGAAACAAGAUCAAAGGUAGAGAAUCACUACCUGGCUUCAGGGAAGAGCAAGGGAGGCUACCACAUGCAUCCUGCUGACAAGACUCAUGUGGAGAAUGCCAAAGACAUUUGGCUGCCUAUUAAUUCCAUGCCAGCAGUGCACCACAAAACCACCAAUGGGCACUCCCGGGCCAAGAGUAUUUCAGCCUCUACCAAAGGUACACGUAAAAGCAAGAGGUCUUCAGGACUAAGAAUAAAUGACUAUGAUAAUCAAUAUGAUGUUGUCUAUAUCAGCCAACCAAUUACAGAAUGCCACUAUGAGAGCAAAAAGACAGUAUCAGCAAGGAAGACAGCAAGGAAGAGCACUCGUGGAUAUUACUACAAUGGUGAAUGUUGUGAGCUUCCUACUAUUCGCACCUUGGCCAAGACUCCCCAUUUGCAGGAGAAUGGGAACAUCCUGGCAACAAGGCCUGAGGUGCUAACAAGCCCUAUUCAGGGCAUUUCACUUCCAAGUGGUAGCUAUUUGGCUGCAGCUGAACCUGUGGAUAACAACGGUGAUCAAAGAUCUUCCACAGUGGCUCCUACUCAAGAAAAUUCCUUCAACGAAAUAAGAGCUGAACAAUGCUCUUAUGAGAGCAUCUCCUCUGAGGUCAGUGUCUUGAAGCAGAGAGAGGUUAGUCUUGCUGAAGCACCUACCACACCUCUCUCUCUACUUCCCUGCCCUGUUUUGCAUUCAGAUAAAGACAGCUUGUUUUUGUCUUCACUGCAGACCAUGACUGUCUCAUCCCCUCAACAGAAUGAGGGGGACUUGCAAGACAGUACUGACAUGGUGGAGGCACACAGUGGCUCUGAUUCUAAUAGACCUAAGGAAAAUAGUGACAGUAUAGCAGAUUCUGUUGUACAUUCUGUCCCAGAAGCUGUUAAUGAUAACAGUUCUCUGUGCUUGGGAAAUGUGACUAUCCCAGAACCACCCAUUUUGAUAGAGCCAGAACCCCAUGUUAGCAUGGAUCUGCUGAUGCCUGAAAUAUCUACCAAUAACAUGGACUUGUUGCCUCCACUGGAUGAACCUGCUUCUGUUGUAGAUAUAUCACCAUCUGUAGAACCCCCACUACUUUCCCCUAUAGACUUGGCAGAGCCCCCAGCAGUACCACCUGCUCUUGAUGUUCUGGAACCUUGUGUGGACUUCUCUGCAGAGGUUCCCCAUAUCCCCAAGAGUGUAUCACCUGUGCAGCUUGUUGCCAGCCCACGGAGCAUGUCUGCUGUAAUUCAUCCUGCCAGUGGGGUGCCUGAACUUCCUGCUCAUAUUGACCUAGAACCUUCAGAGACUCUUUCUGUAGAAUCUUCAGUGGUAGCAACUACCAAAAUGGAUGUGGAGCUUCCCCAGAUGCUUUCCAAUUUAGAAGCAGCAGAGCUUCCCCUCAGUUUGGAUUGUACCAAUACACAAGAAACCAGUAUUAAAAAUUCCCAGAAUUUGAAAGAAGGACUCUCUGUGGAAUGUGAGAAUAUGCUGCUGAUUGUGGAUACCAGUGAAGAUAAAAGAGAGAAAAAUGUAAAUGAUACAAUAGACAUCAGUGAGACCACCAAGUCUGAUGAGGAAAUGGAAGCUGAUAGUGAAACUCCAAUAACGCUCAAAACAUCAGAAAUGGACAACAAGAAGGAGCCUUCUUCCAAAACAAGCAUAGACAAAAAACGAAGGCGGGAGAAAAAAACCCAGGUUGUUUCUGAUCGCUGUCUUCGAAGCCAGCAAACUCUGUCGCCUACAGAGGACAGUGCUGAACAACCCUGUUCUUCCAACUCUCUUCAGCUUCCUCAGCUACAGAUAAAGCUUUCUAAAAGUCCUGGUGCUAAGCGUUUUAAGAGAGAGGUACAUCUUGAUGGGGCAGCAUCUGUGUGUUUUCCAAAUGACAGAUUCCAUCACACACUGUUAAAUGAGAGUAGCAAACCUAUUGAACCACAGGUAGAUGAGGGAAAUGACAUCACAAUAAGGCAGACAUAUAAGAAACUGUUGGCAAAGGAAUCUGUAAUAGAGGGAAGCCAGAAUGGAGAAGGUAACAAAGGUAAGCCAGCAACAGUGCUUGAAAUUUGUUUAGAAGCCAGUUCUGACAGGAGAAGUGUUCAUGUUCCAGCAGAGAUGUCUGAUAAGACUGAAAAGCAGGUAGAUUUAAAGCCAGAAGCUUUAGGGAAUUCUGACAAUACUGUGAAUAUUACAGAAGUAUUGUGCAACCAGCAUGAAACAGGUAGCUCCACAAGUCCUGGUAGCAAGUAUGCACAGCCAGAGAAGAUAGUGAAAUGCAAGAAACCAGCCCUACAAUUCUAUAACUUGAGGCACACCCCUGCCACAGUCCCUGUGGCCACUGCCACCAAAAAUACAUCAGAAAAAGCAAUUGUACAAGUAAACUCUGACAUCAUGACUACAGCAACAGAUUCUGAUGUCACAGAUGAACCAAAUGCAAGAAACGAAAACUCCAUUGGUUUUAGCAACAUGAAAGUACUUUCUGACAACAAGCCCAGAUUUGUGGAAUGGUGUGCUGAGGAAGACAACCAAGAACUCAUCACUAACUUUAAUGCCCAGUAUAUGAAGGUCCAGAAAGGCUGGAUUCAGCUGGAGAAGGAGGCUCAGCCAGCUCCAAAGGUCAAGAAUAAAUCUGACAAGUUGAAAGAGAUUUGGAAAAGCAAGAAGCGGACUCGAAAGUUUAAAGGGUCCACUGAAGUCCAGAAACUCUCCCCUGUUCAAAUGCUUUUCAUGAAGGGUUUUGAUAUAUCCAGUAUCUGUAAAUGGUUUAUGGAGACAACUGAAACCAAAUCUCUGGUCAUUGUGAAGAAGCUGAACACACGUCUCCCAGGAGACAUUCCUCUCAUGAAGCUUCCACUCCAGAAGGGUUGUUCCUCUGGCAUCUAUCCCAGUUCUCUUCAAGCAGAGCGUCUGAAGAAGCACUUAAAGAAGUUUGCUGCUAUGACCCCAGCAAAAAAUACUAUAAAGACCCAAAAGAUGUGGGCCAGACUUCGAGAGAAUGGUGAGGGGAUUGAGUCAGAGCAGGUUGCCAGUCCAAAGCAGACAUCUCCCUCUGAAGUCAGCUUGGCACAUGGUACUGAACCCAAGAGCAUCCAGUCUUCUCCUAGCACGCCAGUGCAGACCAGCUCACGGAUCCUGAGGAAAUACUCCAACUUGAGAGGCAAACUUCAUGGAUUCCAUAGAGCGGUCAAACAGGAGAGACAUGAUUGUGUGGCCAAGCACCUCUUAACAGAAAGCAAUUCAAGCAACAAGAGCAUGUGCAUUAAACCCUUGAUGUCCCCCAAGUUGGCCCAACAAGUCAAAGCCAUCCAACUUCCUACUAAAUCGACUCUGGUUGAAAAAGGAGGAAAGGGGAGAAAAGGGAAAGGAAGGUUACAGGAGGACUCCUCCUCUAAAGGCAGCCUUCAGCAAAGCAAAAAGAAGACACCAAAUGAGAGCAUCAGGACACCGGCCCUGGGGCAGUUGAGUCCUUCAAGCAAGGAAAGGACCUCUCUCAAGAAAGUCAGUAAAGUGAAGCAAGUGGGAGCCCCAGCUACUAGAAAACAGACAGCGGCAGGAAGAAAUAAUAAGCACACACCUCAGAAUGAGAAGGCAAAGAAACUAAUUGACUCACGACCUGGCAAAAAGAAAACUGCUGCCCACAUGGGGAAGGCGAGUACCAGUCAAAAGGCCAGCCUGCUUUCUAAGCAGCGAGGGCUUAUGAGGCCUCUAAAGCAGAAAAUGGUGCGAGAUCCCCCCAGUCAGUCUCUUAAAAAGGCGAGCAGUGAGAAGGCCCUCACCAAGUCAGCGAAACGAAUUCAGGAGAACAAAACUCAGAGCAAGAGGAAGCUGAGGGCAAAGAAAGAUUCCUCUCCCAGCAAGCGCAGGCGGCUGGAUGCAAAGUAGCCACCUGUUGGGUAGGAGGUGUGUCAUCGAAACCCUUCCUCUUUCUUUCGGUAGUUCCACUGCUGAACAGGGAGGUGGGGGGCGCUUGUGUCUUGCUAAAGGCCAACUCCCUCUUGCUUUUUUAAGGAGCCUUUGAAUUGUGUUGCAUCCAGAGAGGGGCACCAUUUUUCUAUAUCACUGAGAAAGGAAAGUUGAAAGUUCCUGGAGUUGAACUGGAAGCAUGGCAAUUUCAGUUCAAAGUACAGUGCCUUAUUUAUCCUUUUAGGAAACAAAUAAAUUAGUCUGCUUGAUUUGAAGCUAGCAGUUUAUGGUUAAUGCACAUGCACUUGUACUGUAAUGGAAAGAGAACCACCUGUCAUGCACAUCCCAUAGAGUUUGGUGGCAUGUCUGCUAAGGUUCAUACAGGAACAUUUUCUUCCUUUUGUGCAUUGUAGCAUACUGACACUGAUUAAUUUGAGCAGGGCAUUAUAAAGCCAAAACCCAAAGCUUUUUUCUCCUCUAAUUAUAUUCUUUACUAGCAGGUCAUAAAGAUGGAUUUCAUUAAGUUAUUAAUAAUUACCUAUGUUAUGUAACUUUGGGCUUUAGGGUCUGGCUAUAAGCUAGCCUGGUUCUUGUGUCAAAAGGAUCUUGUAGCAUUUUCACUGAUUGUCAGCCAUGCUUGGUCUACCCAAGAAAAUGGCCUUGUUGGAUGAAUGGAGAAUGCUACCCCAAGCACAGAUUGCUUGCCUCUUUUAACAUUGCUCUGUACCUUAAACACCUUAAAGUCUGUGUUUUAAAAUGCAGCUUGAAUUUCUGUCGGAGUAGUUAUGAAAUGCAUUCACCCCCAAAUUCCCAACUUGUGUGUGUAUGUGUGUGUGGGGGAAUCCGUGUUUAAAAUACUCUUGAAUUCAUAGGCAUGUUACAAGACUAAAGUGAAGUGUAUGGAUCUCAGAGUAAAAUAUCUGUAAAGAAAAAAUGUAGGAAGAUGCUCAUUGUCAGAGAUCUUUCUCUACUGAAGAUUUCUUAAUUUCUUUUAACUAUGAAGUUGCUGCAGAUUUGUUUUCCGUAGAUUUUUUCAGGUGUCUGAAGGCUUUUUAAAAAGUAAAAACAAGACAAUGCUGGUUGUGAAUAUCACCAAAUAUUCAUUAACUUUAUAUGCAAUUUGUCUGGCCUCACCUUGCAAGUUUAAUCUGUGUAUUAUAAAAAGGUCAAGGUGUCAUCUCUCUUCAAAGAAGUUAUUCCUAUGAGAAUACAGUAUACUAAAAAUGCAACAGUCACUUUUCCAGUUCAGAAAUUUGUUUUGGAUCCAAUAAAAGGGAAGCAAUGUUUUCUCAAAGAAAACAUCCUGUCCUGUGCUGCCCGUUUGAGGGUAACAGGGUCUGCUUUCAUUCUGAGGCUGGAGAAGAAAGGUAAAGACCAGGUUUUUAUUUUAUUCUUGUAGUUUUCUUCAAGCCACAACAAAGACAUAGUUAUUUGCUUAGAAACUUGUGCAAACCUCCUCAUGUUUGCCAUGUUUGGCUCCUGAGAGCUUCCUGUGAAGGCCUUCAGAUAGUUUGACCUUUCAAAAUAGCUUGCCAUGGAUACCAAAUGAGAUCAACCACCUCAAACAUCUUUACACAUUAUUGUAUCAACUGGCUUAAGCCGGUCUUUCCAGUCACUGAGGGGGUUGUUAGGUAUAAGGAAAGGCAAGCUCUUUGGGGAGAGUGAAGGUUGAGGUGUGGGGAAAUUGAUUUUUUUAAAGGGGAGAGGGUACAUUAGCAUUUGUAUUCUGAUACCAAAGCUCAUUACUGCAGGCAGAAAAUUGAUAACUAGCUGUGUAAGGUUUCUUAUUGAUCAAGGAAAUUGGAAUUUGGCAUCUGAAAAUGCAAAGCCCUCUUGUUCACCCACUUACCCAAGUCUGUGACUUGAGAAGGUGCCCUAAAGCUACAAGACACAUCAGGGUGGACUCAUUUUUUAUGAAAUAUUUUAAAGUCAUUUGGUUUUUAACUUCAUUUAAAUCAUGAUGUAUAAAAUUGUUGUAAGCAUCAGGUUAGGCUUAAUGUUCUCUGUAAAGAUUCAUAUGAAUUUGUCUGGUUGCUAUUUUAAUUGUAGAUAUCAAAUGUGCUAGACAUUCCACCAGGAGUAUUAAAAAAUAUUUAAGGAAAUGUGUGAGCACAUGCACGUGUAUGGUGGUGGCAAGGGGUUGCAAAAACCUUUUUUCCAACUUAACAUGAUUAUAUUCAGGUAUGCAUAAAACGUCCUGCUCCCUCUGCCCAGGGCUGCUUCCUAACAAAAUGAUGGGUAGUUGGGGCAUCUUGUGGUACUUUAAGCUAAGUGAUUCUGAUUUAGAUCUCUGCUAAUAAAAUCUUUCUACAACUCCUGCUGUCCCAUUUCUUGUGUGGUCUAGACUCUCAAAUGUUCCUUGUGUGAGCAUUAUGCAACGUACUUCAGCUUCAAAUCUGCCCUGUUUCGCUGUAAUCUGCUGCACAUACAAAGUUGCAUAACUAUGAGGAAUCAAUUGGUUGCCAGGCCCAGAGUUGCUGGUGUUCCCAGUUCUGGUUCCCAGUUCUUAGGACUUUUUUGGAGAAGGGCAUGCAGCCCUGCAUUUGAGUGCUCUUGGCUGCUCUCUGGACAUGCCUUUUCUGUGUGUACAGUCAAAGGAUGGGGAAAGAAGAGAUUACCCAAACAGCUCAAAACAAUUUAGGUAAACAACUUGGUAUAGAGAGCUAACAAGACUUGAGAUAAAGGAAAACAAAAUAUCAUCUAGUUGGAAGAUAGACUGUCCGUCAGUCCCAGUGGCACUCAGCUGACACACCUGGCAGAGAUGCCGAGCCUCUAAUAUUUAAAUACUUUUUUUUUUAAAGAGCUCUUUGUAAUGUCCUUCAAAACACCUCUUCCUUGACACUCAGAUCUCUUCACUAAAAUGAACUUUGCAACUUGGCUUGUGCUAUUGCUGGGUCAGGCUUUUCUCUUAGAAACCUACAGGACUUAGUUAUGUGCCUUGCAUUCUACUGUCAACCUUUAACCUUUCCCCCAUCUAACAGAUAUUAGAUGCAUAAGGUGCAGUUUUAGGUUCUGAUUGCCAUAGGAAAAUUCCCUGGAACCUGUCCUGUGGGUUGGCUGUUACCACCAUUUGUAUCUUAUCCCUCUUACUCUAGUCUUUUUCUUUCUCUGCCUACAGUUCUUCUUUCUGGCAUGCUUCCAUUCUCUCUUAAUAACCUUAUUCUUAGCCAAACUCUUCAUGCUUUGUGGUUGGGCAUGCUAUUCUUUUUAGUAGUUUCUAGCAAUGGCUAUAUGGAACAGCUUCAACUCAUAUAUAUGAAGUGAGGAAUUGCACCUUCACCCCUAUGUGCAUAACAUCCAAAGUAACUUCUGGAACAACUGGAGCACUCACUUUUCUCUGUUUCUGGCUUUUUUUCAUCCUGCCAAACAUGUAGUCUCAACAAGUAUAUGCUUUUACUUUGAAGAAAUACAUUAUUAUUAUUAUUAUUAUUAUUCCUAUUUUAGCUUCUUUCUCUGGGGAAUAUUACAGCUACAUAAAAUGACUAUCAAGGCCUAUCAGGAAAGAUCUUUUGUGAUGAGUGAGACUCAAGCCAAACUUGGCUAUUCAUCUGUCCCCCAAAGAAAAAGAUUUUUCCCCUUCGUGUCCUUGGUAUCUUGCAGUUUGUACCUGACUUCUUCAAGAAAAUGCCUCUUCACUACAAGAAUCAGAGGCUGAAUUCACAAAGCACACCAAGCUAUGGUGUGAUGCAUAUCGUGUGAGCCCAGCAAUUGUGGUUUGUGAACCACAGUUUAAGGCUGCAGUGACUUGUUCAUCAUACUAAGCUUAGAAUUAGCUAUGGCUUAGCGUGAUGUGUGUGAACAACAGUUGUUCCCAAACUUUGGCUUUUCACAUACCUAGAACGCUUCUGGCAGAAUGUGUCCAAAGGGCUCUGCUCUUCAGUGUUAGGAACCCCAGCCAGGCAACAGAACAUUAAGUUGCAUUAAUGGGAAAUACAUUAUCUAAAAGAGAUUCCCUUCCUCUUAAAAUAUUGCUAUGAAUGUUACAUUUUCUUUUGCCAUUGCUUCAUGUUCAUGUUUUUAACCUAUUAAUACAUGAUAGUGCAUGUAGCCCUAAACAUUCUUGGAUCCCCCCCCCAAUAGUUUUUUUUGCAUUUACCCAAGGGGCUGCAGAAUGCUUAUCUUAGGAUAAUCUCAGGAGUUCACAUUUGCAUUGAGAGUAAACUAUCCUCUUCUUAAAAAGCUUGUUGUUUGAGCAGGCUCCCUAAAUAAUUGAAAAUGGAUGGAGUCUGAAUGGUUUUUGUUACAUGUAUGUAAUCAUUUACAUAACUCUUUUUACAUUGCUAUCAAAGGUUUUUAAAUGUGUGUGUGUGCACGCACAUUACAUUCAAAUGCAAUGUGAAUAUAUACCUAUAUGUAUAUGCGUGUGUAAUACACGUGCACAUGAUGCUGUGUUUGCACAGCAUCUGGCUAAUGAUUGAAAUGCUUUCCUACGUGCUGCCUUUUCUCCCUAGGUAGUCACAAAAAUGGAAGAAUAAUAAUGUAAAUAGAAAUAGUUUUAAAAUAUUUAUUUCCUGUAUUUUGUGCUGACAAGUCUCAGGAGUGCUGUAGGUUUGCAAUGUUAUAGAGUGGUGGUGGUAUUUUUUUUUUAAAGAAAGGCAUGUUUCAUACUGCAAAUAGCAUUAGACAGAAGAACUGUCAUCUGGUCUGGAAUUUAUGCUGCAGAAUCAAAAUCCUAGAUCUUACUGAGAUGGUAAGCCUGUGCAUGGGCUGAAAUGUUUCAGACUCAUCAUUAAAUAUUCCUCUUUGUUAAACCCAAGAUCUUUAAUACAGAAAUCUUGAUAUUAGGCAAAACCAUUAUGUCCUACAUUCUGCAUUAGACAGAGUGCUGUGUGUAUGGUAGAGAGGAGGAUUCAAUUAUUAAAGUUCUUAAAUCUUUAGGCUGAAGUGAGAAUAGCAUAGACACAGGCUGACCAUCUCCGUAAAAGCUACAUCUAAUGGAUUCAAAGCAUGAUAUGGUUUUUCUUGCUUCUGUGGAAGUGACUUGAAAGUUCUCAGCUGUUGAGCACAGUUCUUUGAAGACUGCCUAGUCACGUGCACUUUUAGGCACAGCACUUGAAAGCAAUAAGAAUUCUAGUAAUAAUGUUUUCUGUGAUAAAAUAGCAUAUGGGCGGCCAUAUGUCUGUGUGUGCAUGUCUCCGUGAAGCCUGCUUCUCUUCAGUGGUCUUGCCACCUAGAGAAAGAAACAGCUUAUGUUUCAGUCUUACUGCAUGUUUGGGCAUCAUCACAGGGAAUACCUGGCAAGCCAGAAGAAAUGUAUUCAUUGGGGAGAUGGACUCAGGGAUAGUGAAUAAGGGUAGACUUUACUGGAAGCUGUAGGGGGAAAAUGGCAGUGGCAUGCAUGGGGAAUGUUAGGGUGCUUUCUGUCAUUUGCAGCUGAUUCUUGUCAAUUCUUAAUCUUACCACAAAUUCUCAGCUGCUAUGUUGAGUCUAAAGUCCUGUUUUUCUGGGCUCUCUGUGAAGUUGUUUUUACUAUAUUUCUUUGGAUCACAAAUACUUUUUUGUUCUCUAGUCCCUCUCGACACUCCUUAGGUCACACUAUGCUGUCUAGGAUAUCAUUCCCUUUUAUUUGUUAUGGUUUUGUUUUAAUUAUUUAGAUAGGAUUGUGUGUAUUUUUCAUGUACUUUGGGCUAUUGAAAAUACCUACCCAUUCCUCUCUUCUUUCUAGAAAUCUAUUAGUUGCCUGUCUUGAGGCAUAAUCUUAUAUGUAGCUCCUUUCUGCUAAUUCUUGCAUCCACUUUCUGUAUUCAAGAAUUUAACUCCUGCCCAUAUCUGUUGUUAACAUCUUCAGUUCUCUCACAAAAUUGCUGCAGGUGGUUCAGUAUAGGGGGCAGGCUUGUAACCUUCUGCAAUCAUUUUUUUUCCAAUAGUAUGCCUGAAAGCUUGGGAAAAAGUUCAGUGAGCCCUCAUCAAUGUGUUGCACUCAACAAGCCAACAAAUACAUUUGGUAAUUUUAAGUUCUCUGCAUUAAUUUAUAUUCAUUUUAUUAUCUGUUCAUUGUCUCUCACAAGGGUUUGUAUUUGCUUUAUCCAAAACAGUCCUUUCUAUCCCAUCUCAGGAAUCAAGUGUGGGGAUUCCUCCUCCCCAUGUUUGACCAGCCUGAUAUUUUCAUCCAAACCCUACAUGUGAUAAGUAGUAUUCUGGAAGGGUUUGAUUGGUAUACCCUUUUCUUCUCUUCAGGGCACUGGGAAAUGCUGUGAUUUUAGGAGAAGAAUGUGUCUGUUGUGAACUGUUGGUUAAAAUGUGUCAUUAGAUAAUGGUUAUAUACCUCAUCUGAAGAACAUUUUAAAAUGUAUAUAAAGGUAAAGGUAAUAUUCAGUUGCUUUCCAGUAAUACAUAAACCUAUAACAGCUAGGGCUAUUUUACAAUGGAAAUUGUAUCAAUUGCUGUUGUGACAACUUUAUACUUGUGUGUGUCUGUUAUUUCCUUGACUAACCAAUGGAAAGUGAUAGUGCUUGUUAUUGAUCACAGGGCCCAGGCUGUGAUUUAAUCCCUUGAUCUUCUUUCUGUGCUGCUUUCUUUCUUUUAUGCAUUGUGAUGGACUCUAUGUACUCCAAGAGUCCUUAUUUUACUGCAGCUUAUUAAACUUUUUAAAAUAUCA